AUGAAAUCCUUCAGCCCGAUCCUCUUCGUCCUCGUCUUCCUCCUCGCCUGGCUGAGUUCCAAGGCCGCCCCUUCGGCCUCACCGUCUGUGGGGUCCAACUUUACGGGGAUGGGCCACCCCUCCGAGAUUUCCCCUCACGCUUCUGAAAAUUCCACUCGCGACUGGCCUAACCCAGAAUCGCCUGAGACUGCUUAUCCUGAGCCCUCCAAGACACCUCAUGCAGUUUCCCCAGAGCCUUCCCCCCUUGACUUCACUGAGACCCCUAACCCUGACCUCCAAGAAGCACCACACCCAGGGUCUCCGGAGACCCCCAAACCUAAUUCACUCAACAUCUCAAUAUCAGAAUCCCUGGAGACCCCAAAAAUUAACCCUUCCAAUAAAACAGAUCCAGAACCUUCUGAGACCCCCAAACCUGACCCGACUGAAAUUCCACACACAGAAUCCCCUGAGACCCCCAAGCCUAAUCCCUCCAUAACUUCACACCCAGCAUUUCCUGAGACCUCGAAUGCUGAACUUACCCAAACUCCACCCCAAGACUCCCCAAAGAUUCUCAAACUUAACUCCACUGAAAUCUCACAUGCAGAAGCCCCUGAGACCCCAAAUCCUGGCCCUACCAAGACUCUUGACCCUAAAUCUCCAGAAACUCAUGACGCUGACACCACUGAGACCCCAAACUCUGAAUUCCUCCAGACCCUCCAUCCUGAUCCUACCAAAACCCCUCACCCGGAAGCCCACAUAACCCAUAACCCCAGCCCCACUGAAAUUCCCCAAAUAGAAUUCCCCACAACCCCCUACCAAAGUGCAUCAGAGGUCACUAUGACCUCUGACCCUGGGAUCUCCAUUAGUCUUCACCCAGAAACGCCUGCACCCUUCAGGGAGGAAGCUACCGCCCUAAAUGAACUGCCCCUAAAUCCCAAACUAGAAACUCUUGCAGCCACCCAGCCCGACUCCCUUGAAUUACCCACCUCAGAUUCUCCUGAGACUGUUGAGCUGAAGGCCCCCCAGAACUUUAGCUCUAAAGGGCCCAAUGCCCCUCCUCCCUCAACCCGGAUUGCAGGCCCCCCUGCUCCUCCAGGGCCCCCCAAUCAGCCGGCCCCUGACACUCCGCGGGCCCCCCAGCGGCGCAGCCGAGGUGAGAGAGUCAACACUAUCAUCGUGGUGGAACGAGUGCAGGAGACCGGCGUGACCCUGGUGGGGCGUCCCAGGGGCCCGGCGGGCGGGGCCCUGUGCCUAUUUCUCGGCGGGACCGGGCUACUGAUCGGCAUUUUCCUGUUGCUGUGGUGUCUCUACCGCCAGGCGGCUCGACACCGGCCCUUCGCACACCACCGGCUUCCGAACGACGGAGAUGAACCGAUCAUGCAUUUGGACGCCCCGAAGGACCCCUAUGACCUCUACUUUUAUGCGCCGGACGCCUGGGUCCCUUCACACAUCGCCACCAAGCAGCCGCCGCCCACGCCCCCGCUGCCGCCCAAGCUGCCCCCGCCGCCCCGCGGGGGCCGCCCCCAGCGCCUGGAGCCGCUCUCCCCCGCCACGCUCCCCGACAACUUCGUGUGAGCCCCUCUCGGUCCCGCCAGACCUGCGCCAUCCCCAGGCAGAGGAAGCACCCACGGCUCCUGUCCUGCUGGCAUGCUUUGCUACAUAGUGGUCCUCUCGAUAGAGGGUCCAACACAGAGAUGCUUUGCUGUGACCGGGGAACACCGGCUGAGGACGAAUAAAUCACGUG